AUGGAGGACGAAUACGAAGUUCUCUCAGACUCCGACAUCUCAGAUGCCUCCAAUUCCAGCGAUGAAUACACGGCCGACCAAGAAGAGCUAGAGCUAGAGCGAGAAGAAAGCGACGACGUCUUGGGGAACAAUCGAAAAUCCAUAGACCCUCCUCGGCCCUCCGGCGAGGAUCAGAAAUCGAAGAAUGUCGACGCUCUCGUCAGAGGUAACCUUGUCGUGAAAAGACAGUCACUGCUUCCACGAGUUCUCUCAGUGACAGAAGGAGCAACAGUUUGUAGGAAACCCUUUAAACCACCAUGCUCUAAUGGCUAUGAUGAUGGAAAUGACCAGCUUGCUCGUCGUCUCUAUGCACGUAAACGAUUUGUUCCCUGGGGCUCAUCAAGUACAGCAUUCGUUCCAAACAUUGAUAGGCUUUUGAGUAUACCAAACGAGGCUGAGAAAGAUAUAAUGGAAGAGAGUGUGACUCUGCCACCCGGAAUUGAUCCUUUGGUCUUGUGGCAACCUGAAGAAUUUGAGGAUGGGGCUGCUAAUAUGAUGCAGAUAGUAGUGGACCCAGUGCUUGUUCGUUUCCUUCGACCACAUCAAAGAGAAGGCGUUCAGUUUAUGUUUGAAUGUGUUUCAGGGUUAAAUAGUGCUGCAAACAUAUAUGGAUGCAUUCUGGCAGACGAUAUGGGUUUGGGAAAGACAUUGCAGUCAAUCACAUUACUAUAUACUCUUCUUUGUCAAGGGUUUGAUGGGAAACCAAUGGUUAAAAAAGCAAUUAUAGUCACCCCUACCAGUCUUGUGAGCAAUUGGGAGGCUGAAAUAAAGAAGUGGGUUGGAGAAAGAGUUCAUCUCAUUGCUCUCUGUGAAAGUACCCGAGAUGAUGUUGUUUCUGGAAUUGAUCGGUUCACUGGUCCUCGCAGCCCUAUACAGGUACUAAUUAUUUCAUACGAGACAUUCCGGAUGCAUUCAACAAAGUUUAGCCAAAGUGAAUCCUGUGACCUUCUCAUAUGUGACGAGGCUCACAGGCUGAAGAAUGACCAGACAAUGACGAAUCAGGCGUUGGCUGCUCUUUCAUGCAAGAGGCGCGUUUUGUUGUCAGGAACUCCAAUGCAGAAUGACCUAGAAGAGUUCUUUGCCAUGGUCAACUUUACUAAUCCCGGCAUCUUAGGGGAUGCUGCACAUUUUCGUCGCUACUAUGAGGCACCUAUUAUUUGUGGAAGAGAACCUAAUGCCUCUGAAGAAGAGAAGAAGCUUGGUGGUGAGCGCUCUGCUGAACUAAGUGGAAAAGUUAAUCAGUUUAUAUUGCGGAGGACUAAUGCACUAUUAUCAAAUCAUCUGCCACCAAAGAUAAUUGAAGUUGUUUGUUGCAAGUUGACUCCUCUCCAAUUAGACCUAUAUAACCAUUUUAUACAUUCCAAAAAUGUUAAAAGAGCAAUCUCUGAAGAGACGAAGAAAUCAAAGAUUUUGGCUUAUAUAACAGCUCUUAAGAAGCUAUGCAAUCAUCCAAAGCUCAUCUAUGAUACCAUAAAAAGUGGAAGUCCAGGAACUUCAGGUUUUGAGGACUGUAUUCGCUUUUUCCCACCAGAGAUGUUCUCUGGAAGAUCUGGAUCUUGGACUGGCGGGGAUGGGGCUUGGGUUGAACUAUCUGGAAAAAUGCACGUUUUAGCUCGAUUACUGGCCCAUCUACGUAAGAGGACUGAUGACCGUAUUGUCCUUGUCUCAAACUAUACGCAGACGCUGGACCUUUUUGCGCAACUGUGUCGAGAAAGACGAUACCCAUAUUUAAGGCUUGAUGGAACCACGUCUAUCAGUAAAAGACAGAAAUUAGUGAACCAGUUCAAUGACCCAUCAAAGGAUGAAUUUGUAUUUCUCUUAAGCAGCAAGGCUGGUGGUUGCGGUCUCAAUUUGAUAGGUGGAAAUCGACUAGUCCUGUUUGAUCCUGAUUGGAAUCCUGCCAAUGAUAAACAAGCUGCUGCAAGAGUUUGGAGGGAUGGGCAAAAGAAGAGAGUAUACAUUUACAGAUUUUUAAGUACCGGAACAAUUGAAGAAAAGGUUUACCAGCGUCAAAUGUCAAAGGAAGGGCUUCAAAAAGUUAUUCAGCAGGAACAAACAGAUAGCUCAAUGGCACAGGGAAACCUUCUUUCAACGGAAGACCUACGCGAUCUUUUCACAUUUCAUGAGAAUGUGAGGUCUGAAGUGCAUGAGAAGAUGAACUGCAUUCGUUGCCAAAAUAGCAAUGAUACACAUCGAAGCAUAACAGAGGGAGAUGCAAACCAACCAACUAACGAAAGUGGUCAGUCUGGCCACGAAAUCUCUGACAUAGGUGGAUUUGCAGAAAUGGCUGGAUGCUUACAUGAGUUAAAGAGCUCGGAGAAGCAGGUAGGGACACCUCUAGAAGAGGAUUUAAGUAAUUGGGGGCAUCAUUUCUUCCCAAAUUCAGUACCUGAUGCUAUUCUCCAAGCUUCAGCUGGAGAAGAGGUCACAUUUGUUUUUACAAACCAAGUUGAUGGGAAGCUUGUACCUGUUGAAUCAAAGGUAAACCCAAAGAUGCAGGGAGAAGAAGGAAAAGAGAAUCAUCCCAAAUUAAGACAAGACCUGAAUCAGAAACCCUUGCUAUUGUCUUGGCAAAGAAAACCACUAGAAUCUGUUUCUUCGAGUGAAAAUUCUACCAGAAGCACAAUGUCUGCCCCUUUCAAGCCCUCAGAAAAGACCACUGUGGAAUCAGUGAAAACUUCUUUAAAGGGCUCAGUGCAUGUAGCAUUAAAGCCUAAGCUCUCUCUUAAAAUUCGAUUGCCCCUGAAAAGAUCGUCUCCUGAUACCGUCAAUCACGAUGAUGAUUUUGUGUAA